UGGGGUUCAAAGACCAAUGAACAUUGACCGGUAUAGUCCCUUCUGUAGUCAACGAAUUAUUAUCAUUUGAUGUAGGGUAAAAGUAUGAAGUUGAAGUAUUUGAUUUUGUUUUGGUAAAAACAAGUUGUAAUUAAAAGAAGAAGAAGAAGUAUUUAUAAUUAAUUUGUAAUGUUGAGUUACAACAGAAUUACAAAAAUUAAUAAAAUGACUUCAGUACAUCAACAUUUAUUAAACGCAAAUUUUCAUUCAACCAGAUUAAAAGGAAAAGUAGCUAUUGUUACAGCAUCUUCUGAAGGUAUUGGUUUUUCAAUCGCAAAACGAUUGGGAAAUGAAGGAGCUUCUGUUAUAAUAAGUAGCAGAAAGGAAGAAAAUGUAAAGAAAGCAACGGAAAGUUUACGCAAUGAGGGUAUUAAUGUUGAAGGUAUUGUUUGCCAUGUCAGCAAUGCAGACCACAGAAAACUCUUAUUUGAAACUGCAAAAUCUAAAUUUGGAGGUUUUGAUAUUAUUGUGUCUAAUGCUGCAGUUAAUCCAUCUGUAUCACCUAUUCUAGAGACAGAGGAAAAAGUAUGGGAUAAGAUAUUUGAUGUCAAUGUUAAAAGUGCUUGGCUGUUAGCUAAAGAAGCUUAUCCUGAAUUGAUAAAACGAGGUGGAGGAAAUAUUGUAUUUGUUGCAUCGAUAGCAGCUUACCAACCAAUGAAUCCUUUAGGUGCAUACAGUGUUAGCAAGACUACACUGCUUGGAUUGACAAAGGCAAUUGCAUCUGAAAUUGUGCAUGAUAACAUAAGAGUGAACUGUGUGGCACCAGGAGUAGUUGCAACAAAAUUUGCUUCGGCUAUAACAUCUUCUGAAGCAGGCAAAGACAAGUCUUUGUCAAUAGUGCCAAUGAAAAGAUUUGGGAAACCUGAUGAGAUUGCGAGUGCUGUAGCAUUUUUAGUUUCUGAUGACGCCAGCUACAUCACCGGGGAAACAUUAGUUGUGGCAGGCGGAGCUUAUGCGCACCUUUAAUUAUAA